AUGGUCCUUGGUAGCCGCCUCUUGAUGUCAAGGACUCUCUCUCUUGCUUCAGCGCCGGCCACCACCACGACCACCACCCUUCAAGAAAUUGCUUCCAACCACCCUAAAGGAAUUGCAAAGGUUGUGCUGAAGAAGGGAAAAACUCAACUUUUUAGGGAUGGAAGUCCAAUGGUGUACAGUGGUGCGGUUGAUAGGAUAAUUGGUAGACCACCCCCCAAAACGGGAGAUAUUGUCCUGGUAGCGGAUGGGACUGAAAAACCAAUUGGUUGGGGCUUGUAUAAUUCAGUUUCUAUGUUUUGCGUACGGCUCAUGCAGUUGGAGGACGAAGCAGCCCGAGAUCCUUCUUGCGCGUUGAAUGUUGACAAACUGAUAGAAACAAGAAUAGAUGCUGCUGUUACAUUACGAGAGCGGUUAGGCCUUCCUUCAGCCAAUACAAAUGCUUAUCGUCUUGUUAAUAGUGAAGGGGAUCGGUUGUCAGGUCUUAUUGUUGAUAUUUUUGGAGAUGAAGCUGUGGUAGCUUCAUCUGCUGCUUGGGUUGAAAAGUACAAGCAACAAAUAAAAGAUUGCAUCCACAGAAUAAACAAUAUCAACAAUGUAACCUGGAGACCCUCCACUGAAAUCUUGAAGGAGGAAGGUUUAGAUUUCUCCGAUUCUGCAUUUGUAGAAUCAUCAAAUUCUUCCAGAAUGGUUAAGGUUGUGGAGAAUGGCAUUUCCUAUUUAAUCUCUUUGGAGGGACAGAAAACUGGUUUCUAUGCAGAUCAGCGUGACAACCGUAAGUUGAUAUCUUCAAUUUCAGAGGGCCAGAAAAUACUUGAUAUUUUCUGUUAUACUGGAGGUUUCGCUCUGAAUGCAGCAUGUGGCGGUGCUCUGAGUGUAACUGGCGUUGAUUCGUCUUUGCCUGCAUUGGAAAUCGCCAACGAGAACAUUGUUCUCAAUGGCCUUGAUCCAGGAAGAAUAUCAUUUCUUAGACAGGAUGCUACUGAAUUUAUGAAGAAUGCUAUUUCUAAAGGUAAAUCAUGGGAUAUAGUUAUCUUGGAUCCACCAAAACUAGCUCCACGUAGAAAGGUAUUACAAAGCGCAUCUGGCAUGUACAGGAAUUUGAAUUCUUUGGCGAUGCAAAUAACAAGGCGGGGUGGAUUGUUAAUGACCUGCUCUUGUUCUGGAGCAAUGACCCAAAGUGGAACUUUUUUGCCCGUUCUCCAGGGUGCUGCACAGAUGGCUGAGAAAAAAAUUACAGUUAUACGUCAAGCUGGAGCAGCCUGUGAUCAUCCUAUCGAUCCUUCUUACCCAGAAGGAGCAUACCUCUCGAACAUAUUACUUAGAGUGCUUUAA